GGUGUAGUCUGGUGCGCAGUCUUUCGUUAUUGUGUUUGUUUUGAGUCUAACGAUGGAGAGAGAGCAAUGGACGCACAAGCGCGAGUAUAUUCUGGCUAUGGCCGGGUACAUGGUCGGUCUGGGCAAUGUCUGGAGAUUCCCCUAUCUCUGCUACAAGAACGGUGGAGGUGUGUUCUUGCUGCCUUACUGUGUGUUAGCUCUUCUGUCUGGUGUUCCCCUUUUCUUGAUGGAGAACGCGCUGGGCCAGUUCACCCAGGAGGGAACCAUCACCUGCUGGAAGAAGCUAUGUGCGCUGCUAGAGGGUGUUGGCUAUGCCAUUAUGGUGAUCCGGGCAUAUUCAACAAUAUAUCUGGUUAUACUGGCCUAUUCGCUCUUCUACCUGCUCUCCUCCUUUGCCUCCGUGCUGCCGUGGACCACUUGCAGCAACGACUGGAACACAGACGCUUGUGUGGAGCUGACUACUCCGAACAUGACCAGCCAACACUACGCUGAAUUGGGUGGCAACUGGACAUCUAAAGCGCCGAACAGUUCUGCAGUGAUGGAGUUCUGGGAGAGGCGUGUGCUCUCCAUGUCCGGGGGGAUCGAGGAGCUGGGGGCCGUCCAAUGGGAGCUGUGCGCCUGUCUCCUGGCCUGCUGGCUGGCCUGCUACUUCUGCAUAUGGAAGGGAGUCAAGUCCACUGGAAAGGUUGUGUAUGUCACGGCGGUGUUCCCCUACGUGAUGCUGGCCAUCCUGCUGGUCCGGGGCUUGACUCUACCCGGAGCUUGGCAGGGGGUGGUCUACUACCUGAGGCCAGACUUCACCCGCCUCACACGCCUGCAGGUGUGGAUCGAGGCUGGAGCCCAGGUGUUCUACUCCUACGGUGUGGCUGCAGGCACCAUCAACACCCUGGGGAGCUACAACAAGAAGAAUAACAACUGUUACAAGGACAGUCUUUGGCUCUGUGCUCUGAACAGCGCCACCAGUUUCGUUGCUGGGUUUGCCGUCUUCUCUAUCCUGGGAUUCAUGGCACAUCAACAGGGUGUCACCAUGGACAAUGUGGUGGAAUCUGGCCCUGGUUUAGCGUUCAUUGCGUUUCCCCAAGCUGUGGCUAUGAUGCCUGUUCCUCAGUUGUGGGCGGUCUGCUUCUUCAUCAUGCUCAUCAUGCUGGGCCUGGACACACUGUUUGCCGGCCUGGAGACCAUUGCGUCCAGCGUCAGCGACCUGUUCCCCGGGCAGAUGAGGCAGCCGUGGCGUAGGGAAAUGUUCCUCGCCGUUUUCUGUCUCGUCUCCUUCCUCGUGCAGAUCUUGCUCGUCACAGAGGGAGGAAUCUAUGUGUUCCAGCUUCUGGACUACUAUGGCGGCAACGGAGCGUGUCAGCUCUGUGUGGCCCUGGCUGAGUGUGUCGCUGUUGGCUGGGCCUUCGGCGCUGACAGAAUGUGUGACGCCAUCAAAGACAUGAGUGGACAGAGGCCUUGCCUUCUCUUCAAAUUCUGCUGGCGCUACAUCACCCCGCUGCUCUGCCUGGCUAGCUUCAUUCACUAUACUGUGGAAAGCGAACCGCUGACCUCCAACCGCGGCCACCAGUUCCCCGGCUGGGCCUAUGGUCUGGGAUGGGUCAUGGCUCUUUCCUCGGUCCUCAUGAUCCCUCUAUGGGCGACACUGAACAUAUGUCGCACAAAGGGUAGCCUGCGCGAGCGCCUGUCCAUCCUUUGUCGGCCUGUAGAGGAGGAGUAUUCAGCAGGCCUUCCAUGCCAAACAGAGAUGGAGGGCCCUAUCUUGCAUCCGGCGCAAUUGAAAUAAUCACUGCGCAUGUGACGUUGCUAGUCUGCAACUGGCGCAGUGCGUUCUUUUCCCUCCUGCGCCACGCGUCUGUAAAUUAGGGAAUGAUCUUGCGCCCCAUGGGGCGGUUCGGCGAAAGGAGGAGGCGUGUUCUGGCGCAAACGUUCCCUGGUGCUUUUGCAGUUUCAGAAACCACUUGCGCCACAAACCAGGAAAUACCUGGUUUAAAGUCAGUGGCGCAUUGUUCCGAUGCUAUUUUAAGGGCGCAUGCAUAAUGUUCCUUGUGUACCUCGCGCAUACACUUUGUGUCUCUCAUCUACCUAGCCACAUUUUCUUGACACAGACAUCGUGUACAUGCCCAUAAUCUUUAGGAUUGAUGAGUAUUUGGUUGUGUGAAAACAUUGUUUGAACGCGAGUGAGAAUGAAUGAAGUUUGUGUAUGUGUAAAGAAUUAAUGAAUGCGGGCGCGCGUGUGUUCGUCCAUCUGUUUAAACACACGCAAACUAAAAACGUAACGCAUUAUACAGCACAUGGCAAUGUAUAUUAACGGGGGGACACAUGCAUAUUAGGAACACAAGUCGAUAACGAUCAGGGUUCAAAAUUAACUUUUUUGAUUACUAGCCAAUUUGGCUGAUAACUUUCUAAUGUUACCAGCCAAUCAGAAUUUCCACUAGCCAAUUUUUUCCCCAUGAAAAUGAGAGAGAUAAGUGCCGCUAGGGCGUCUUAUACGUCCUCACGUAGCAUCACGACAAUGUGUUCAUGGGAAAUUAAGUCAGUACUGUCCAGGGAGCAAGAACAGUAGAGCGGCUCUGACUGACAUGAUUGCCUCAUGCAUCAUCGCCAAAGUUGCGAGUACGUUUUUAUUAACACGGGUUAAAAAAAAAAAAUGUACCCGCAUUUGGCGGGUUGGCGGGUGUUGAUUUAGAACUCUGAUAAUGAUAAUGCAUAUAAUACUGAUAAGAAACAAUGUUUAUAAUGUAUUGCAUAUUUCAUUAAAUAGAACCACAGUUACCGCAUAUCAUGUGUGUUAAGUUUUCUUUGCCAAAAU